AUGUUCAAGGAGAAGAAGCCCGCGCAGGACUCUGAGGGCUUUUCUGAUGGGCUCCAGAGUCCUCCUUCCCAAAAUGGCUCUACCUAUGCCUCUUCACACGUCGAAGAUGCUGUCUUCGGAGAAGUCACAGAGGAUGGCCCCAACUACCGCAAUGUUGGGUGGAUUGCAACCAUCGCUCUCAUGACCAAGACUCAGAUCGGCCUGGGUGUCUUGUCAAUUCCUGCCACUUUCGACGCUCUCGGUGUUAUCCCUGGAGUCAUCUGCCUCGUUGUUAUUUCUGCCAUCACUACUUGGUCUGAUUAUAUGAUUGGUAUAUUCAAGAAGAGACACCCUGAAGUUUAUGGACUCGACGAUGCCGGCUUUAUGAUGUUUGGCAAGAUCGGACGGGAGGUCUUUGCUCUAAUCUUUAUGUUCUAUUGGAUAUUCGUAUCGGGCUCUGCCAUGCUGGGUAUUUCAAUCGGUCUCAAUGCCGUCUCUACACAUGCCGCCUGUACUGCCGUAUUUGUCGCCGUCGCUGCUGUCGCCACCUUUGGGUUUGCUAGCAUCCGCACACUUGGCAAGAUUGGUUGGCUCGCCUGGAUUGGACUUGUCUGCAUCAUGACUGCUAUCUUUUCCGUGACUGUUGCCGUCGGUGUACAGGAUCGUCCUGCUGCCGCACCCAAGGGCGGCGUGUGGGUGUCUGAUUACAAGCUCACCAACACGCCGAGCUUCGUCGAUGGCAUCUCUGCUAUCUCGGCCCUCAUCUUUGCCUUUUCAGGAACCCCCGCGUUUUUCACCAUCGCCGCCGAGAUGCGUGAGCCUAAGCACUACACCCGCUCCCUCCUUUGGGCACAGGGAAUUGUGACUGGCACCUACAUCGCCAUCGGAGUUGUUGUCUACUACUACUGUGGCUCCUAUGUCGCCUCACCUGCUCUGGGAUCUGCUGGAUCAACCAUGAAAAAGGUCUGCUACGGCUUCGCCCUUCCUGGACUACUCGUCACAGCCAUGAUCGUGACACAUGUUCCUGCCAAGUACAUAUUUGUGCGAAUCUUGCGUGGCUCUAAGCACCUCAACUCCAACACCCUGGUGCAUUGGGGAACAUGGCUGGGCUGCACUGGCAGCAUCACUAUUAUCGCCUAUAUCAUCGCAAGCGCCAUCCCUGUCUUUGGCGGUCUCGUUUCGCUCAUUGGCGCCCUUCUUGGCACCUUUAUGUGCUUCCAGCCCUAUGGCUGCAUGUGGCUGUACGACAACUGGUACAGGAAGGACCGAGACCUCAGGUGGCACUUGAUGGUCUGCUGGAGCAUCUUUGUUGUGGUCUCUGGAACCUUUUGCAUGGUUGCCGGUACGUACGGGUCAGUCGUGGGCAUCAUGGACUCUUACAAGGUCUCGGGAGGAUCGGCGGCUUGGUCCUGCGCUGACAAUUCCAACUCUACAUGA